CCUCUCACUCCUUCCAUUUCUCCCUCUCUGCUUGUUUGACUACCAAAUACAGCGGCGCCACUCCCGGGGGAAGAGCGAGGAAGGGAGUGUCUGCUGGAAGAGAGGGAAGCAAAUCUACAGACGGACGAUAGGAGCGGAUUAAUAGAUUUUUCUCGCAGUAUUCGGUUUGUCUUCCCCGAGAUGCUCAAGCGUUCCUGACCGUCCAUAACUCCGCGACUGCUCGACAUUAAAGGUCGAAACUGCCAUCGGUCUUUCUUUUUACGUUAGGCUACUUUAGAUUUUAAUCGCGAGGCCUUCUGUCUGGGAUAUUGCUGGGACAGCAGCUCGUCUGGAUCCGAACACAGCCUCGCAGCUAAGAACCGCCCGGUCUCCGGUAAAACUAUGGAGGAGUUGGACUUGCCUCAGAUGAAGAGAGAAGUGGAGAGUCUUCAGUACCAGCUAGCAAUCAGCAGAGAGAAGUCUUCCAUCACUGUUACAGAACUGGUGAAAUGGAUUGAGGGGUGUGUGUGUGAUGACCCGUUCCUCAACCCAGAGCUGAUGAGGGCCAAUCCCUGGGUGGAGAAGGGCAAGUGUGUAAUCCUCUAACAGACAGAGACACGCACACACCCACCUGUACGCCUGACGCCACACCCACCUGUACGCCCGACGCCACACCCACUUGUACGUCCGACGCCACAUCACCUGUCGUCCGACGCCACAUCACCUGUCGUCCGACGCCACAUCACCUGUCGUCCGACGCCACAUCACCUGUCGUCCGACGCCACAUCACCUGUCGUCCGACGCCACAUCACCUGUCGUCCGACGCCACAUCACCUGUCGUCCGACGCCACAUCUCCUGUCGUCCGACGCCACAUCUCCUGUUUGUCCGUCGCCACAUCUACUGAAUGCUGACACCAAGAUGCGUCCUUUGUUCAGAUCUUGUUGACGUUUUCAUUAAUAUUUCACUUGUUAUUGUCAUAUCUGCCCUGAUUUCCUGAUCUCUCCCUGUAAACAAAUGUGUUUAUUUAUUAAAAGAUACUGAUGCCAUAA